CAUACAAAAGUGAGUUAUGACGGAUUGUCAUCGGCCUGUCACUUACCAUUCAGUGGCCCGAAGUGGAUGCGGAAAAUUCGCCAAUGUAACUUGAACUCGCUUGGAUUUUCUUUAAACGAUAACAGGUGCGCCCACGAUGACAGCGCACACAAGGACGGUUCUGGCGUUGUUCCUGCUGGCCAACAGCGCCGUAAGCCAGUUCCAUGACAUGUUUGGAAUGGGAGGUGGCGGCGGAUUGGACUUAUUCGGGUACCCCCCAGACCCGUUUGGCGGAGGCAUUGGGGCGGGAGCGGAUGUCUACCCUGCCAACCCGCCAACUGCCGUGGCCGCGCCGGAACCAGCAGCCGCAGACGCCCAAAUGACUCUCGCGGAUGAACAGAUGGCGGAGGCUAUGUCGGAAAUGCCGAAAAACAGCCCAGAACGGCAACGUAUUGACAGACUUAUACAAAUGUCGGGCGGUCAACUGAAGGGAGAGGCAGCUAGUCUGCAGUAUCUGGUGGAUGAAUACUUGCAAGUGACUCCCGGGCCUGAGCCAGCCCCGGAAACAGCUGCCCCUCCAAAAACCCCUGCAAAGGGUCGACGACAGCGAAACAGACAACAGGGGCAUCGCGGGAAGGGUGGAAGGAGGCAAGGCGGUGGCGCUGCUCAGGGUGGAACGGGUCAGGGCUUGGUUGGCCAAGCCGGUGUUGGUCAAGGUGUUGCUGGUCAAGCUGGUGCUGGUGACCAAGGCCAGUGGGAUCAAUAUGGACAGAUGGCCGGUGGCGCUGCUCAGGGUGGUACUGGUCAGGGCAUGAUCGGCCAAACCGGUGUUGGUCAAGGUGCUGCUGGUGGUCAGGGACAGUGGGAUCAAUAUGGACAGAUGGCCGGUGGUGCAGCUCAGGGCGGAGCGGGUAAUGGCUUGGUCGGCCAAACCGGUGUUGGUCAAGGUGCUGCUGGUGGUCAGGGACAGUGGGAUCAAUAUGGACAGAUGGCCGGUGGUGCAGCUCAGGGCGGAGCGGGUAAGGGCUUGGUCGGCCAAACCGGUGUUGAUCAAGGUGCUGCUGGUGGUCAGGGACAGUGGGAUCAAUAUAUACAGAUGGCCGGUGGCGCAGCUCAGGGCGGAACGGGUCAAGGUGCUGCCGGUGUAACUGGUGCUGGAGGUCAGGGCCAAUGGGAUCAAUAUGGACAGAUGGCCCAACAGCAGCAGGUUGGUGCUGAAACUGCAGCCGCACCUGGAGGUCCGUGGGGUCAGGCUGCUUUGAAAGCGUGGUAUUCCCAACACAAUUUGAACGCAGCACCUCAAGGAAAUCAAGGAACUGGUCAGCAAGGGGUUGCAGCUCAACCGCCCUGGCAACAGCAGCAACAAACGAAACAACCGGGAGCUGGGGCUGCCGCCAAAUCUGCACAAAAUGAAUGGGGUUGGCAGCAACAAGGGCAAGGAAGUCCAAAUCCCUCUUAUACCAAUACAAUCGGAGCACAACAGACGACACAGCAAGGGCAAUGGGGACAAGAACCAGCCGCUGCUGCAGCUGCUGCAGCUCCUGCGUGGAACCAACCUCCCAUUGUAAAGGGACCUCCACCGACAAAGCAGCAAUGGAAUCAGGCCACAGGUACCAAAACACAAAACUGGAAUGCGCCGCAAACGCAAGGUAAUCAACAACAAUGGUCGACCCCGCCCCCGCAAUAUCAGCAGCAGCAGCAACAGCAGCAGCCAACGCAGUAUCAGCAGCAGCAGUCAGCACAAUAUCAGCAGCAGCAGCAACAGCCAACACAACAACCAACUCAACAAUACCAGCAGUGGACGCCUUCACAACAAACACAGCAACAAUGGGGAACUCAACAGCAGCCACAACAAAAACCACCACAACAGCAAUGGGGUCAACAGCAAGAACCACCACAGCAACCGCCUAAGCAACAGUGGGGACCUCCGGGACAGCAGCAACCCAUGCAAUACCAGCAAACACCGCCAAAGAAUCAGUGGCAGCAACAACCUCAGCCAACCGCAGGCGGACCACAACCAGCGCCACAACAACAACAACAAUGGUCGCCGCCAGACCAGACUGGAAACCAGUGGCAACAGCAACCCCAAACUGUUUAUACGCCACAACAGGUUCCACCAAACAAUAUCGGUCAGUCAACUCCAAAGCAACAACAACCCCAGACCGCUUAUACGCCACAGCAGAUCCCACCCAGUUAUUUCGGCGGCCAGGCACCUCCAAAGCAACAACAGCCACCAAAUGCUUAUACGCCACAGGAGAUUCCACCAAGUAAUUACGGUCAGACACCUCCAGAGCAGCCGCCACCGCAGCAACCGGCACAGCCUUACGUCCAACCGACACAGAGCAGCACUCGCUCGGCGAAGAAAGGACCCGCUGCGGAACGACUGCAAAGAAUUCAAGCAAAAAUAAGCAGCGUUAAACAGCAAAUCACCGUGGCUUUGCAAAACCCAGGCAGCGUUUCGCCAGAUAAACUAAAGGCUUUACAAGACCAGGUGAACUCACUGAAAGGUGUUCGUGAUAUUUUGACUGGUAAAGCUAGAAGCCCGUCCUCCUUGAAGACAAUCCAGGGGUCGACGAUAAGUGCUCGAGCGCAGAAACCUGCCCCACCACAGCAGCAACAGCCACCAUAUCAACAGCAACAACAGCCACCAUAUCAACAGGGGCCAAAGAGACAGUUUAGACAGAUGCGACAGGCGCCCACUCCUCCGGCACAGCAAAGUCUUAGCAACAGCAAAGCUAUACAUCACAGUAUGGCUGUUCUUACACGUCCAAACCCCCGCCCGACCGCCUCUGUCAUACCCGCAGGCAGGGUGGGGAGACCACAACCGCGACACAAUGUGCUGCAUAGACGACGAGGUGAACUUGUAGGUCAGCGCAGUCAACAUCCGCUAGGGAGACAAAGGAACCGGAACAGAAUGUUUGCACGUCCACAGCCCGCGGUCGGAAAAGUUAUUUCACCAAAGAUAAUGGAAACUCUUUAUAAGGGCGGCGGUCCGAAUACUGGCUCAACACCCGCUCCCAUGGAGGGCGACGUACGAAUGCUCAACGGUAAACAGUAUAAGUUUACGGACGCUGACGGGUAUGACGUAUUUCAGUGGGUUGUAUACACCGGUCCUCCGCCUACCCAGGCACCACCUGCCCCUACAACACAAGUUCAACCGCAAGCUCAAGGUCAAGAGGCCGCUCAGCAAGGUCAAGGACAAGAGAUCGCUCCUCACGGUCAAGAGGCCGGCCUACAAGGUCAAGGCCAGGAAGCCGCCCAACAGGGCCAGGAAGUCGCCCAGCAAGGUCAGGAGGCCGUCCCGCAAGGUCAAGAGGCCGGUCAACAAGGUCAAGGUCAGGAAGCUGCUCAGCAAGGUCAAGGUCAUCCACAGGAACAGGUGCCCCCGUAAACUUUAAGACAGGGGAAACAUGUGACUUCUGUGUGCAAAAUGGUUUUGCAGUAUGAGGGUUUCAUGUGGAUUAAGACACAAAGCCGAGGGGAAGGGACAACAAUAGCAGAUACUUAAAUAAAAGUGACAGUUUUAAUAUGUUAAAGCAUAAACAAAUAAAUAUUUUGUUUCCGAUUUCAAUGACAAAACACAGGGAGUUAGGUUGGUAGGGAUUAAAAAAGAUAUAUAUAUAUAUAUAUAUAUAUAUAUAU